CUGCAGACUCCGAACAGCGUGACUUCCGUAGCGCAUCGUCCACAAGAAAAUAGAACGGUUCGGUUCGUGCCUUCGUACGUACGUUGUGUCUGCAUUUAGAGCGAACAUACGGAAGAAGGGAGACUGAUCUGACUCUUCAGCUACAAGAUGCAGACAAGGUCUACGCGAUAAAGGAAUACUGCCUCCGUGCGAUGAAGACAAGAGACAACCACAUCUCUGUAUCUUCAAGGCGCUCGCCACUGCAGUUAUCGCAUCCUGCACCAUAACCGUCUCCCGUACCACAGAGCACGAUGUAUACUGACCUUAAACCAGACCUCGAAAAUGCAGUGUUACAGUCGCACCUGGAGGAAUACCUUCCCUACGUGGGAGGUGCAGCCGGAGCUCUCGUCCUGACCGGGGUCGCCGCGUACUUUGCCUCACGUCCAACACCGGAGCGACCGCUCGUUCCUCUCGAUGCUCAGGCCAAGGUUCUUCCGGGUGCCGAGCUUGUCAGAGUGUCAAAAUUCUACAAGGACAGCAAGGAUGGCAAAUUCGUCAGCUACAUUCACGAGGACACAAGAACUCUCUACGACUCAUUCCGAAGGGGUGCUAAAGAGUCUAACAAUGGGCCAUGCCUUGGAUGGCACGAAGGAAAAAAUAAACCUUAUCAAUGGCUGCACUACAACGAGACGUUGCUGCGCGCGAGGAACUUGGGCUCAGGAUUAAUCGCCUGCGGCCUUGUUCCCGGACCUCAGACAUUGAUAGGACUCUACAGUCAAAAUUGUCCCGAAUGGGUACUCACAGAACAGGCAUGCUACAAUUACUCCUUGGUGGUCGUACCUCUCUACGACACCUUGGGACCGGACGCCUGCGCCUACAUUAUCAACCAGGCAGAGAUCAGUUUGGUAGUUUGCGAGGACGACAAGAAGUGCAAUCUUCUGUUGGACAAAGCACCGAGGUGUCUCAGGAAGCUGGUCGUAAUGAAGGACAUCAGACCCGCCACGAAACAACGGGCGAAAAACCGAGGCGUUGAACUCCUGAGGUUCGACGAGGUCGAGCGUCUCGGUUCCCAAAAGGACUACCCCGAAGUACCUCCUCGUCCAACUGACCUUUGCACCAUCUGUUACACAUCCGGGACGACGGGGAAUCCUAAGGGUGUCAUGCUGACCCAUCAGAAUGUGGUAGCCGGCGUCUGCGCUGUGCUCCUCCAAUUCGGGGACCACAGGCCCACCGCCAAGGACGUUAUGAUCAGUUUUCUUCCUCUGGCACAUAUGCUGGAACGGUGCUGCGAGAAUGGAAUGUACAUGGUGGGUGGCGCGGUGGGCUUUUACAGUGGAGACAUCAAACAUUUGACGGAGGAUAUGAAAGCUCUAAAGCCGACGGUGAUGCCCGCCGUUCCGAGACUACUCAAUCGAAUCUAUGACAAGGUAACAGCAGAACUCCAAGGCUCGUUUCUUAAACGGAUGCUAUUCAACAUGGCCUUGCGAGCGAAGGAGUCGGAAAUCAAGAAGAGCAUAGUAAGGAACAACAGUUUUUGGGACAAGGUCGUCUUCAAGAAGAUACAGGAUGGAAUGGGAGGACGACUCAGAUUGAUUAUGGUGGGCUCAGCGCCUUUGUCGGGCAACGUUCUUACCUUUGCGAGAUGCGUUCUGGGAUGCCUGAUCGUCGAGGGUUACGGGCAGACCGAAUGCUGUGCCCCAAUCACCUUGACCGUCCAGGGUGACCACGUGCCGGAGCACGUGGGACCGCCGGUCGCCUGUUGUUGCGUGAAACUAGUCGACGUACCAGACAUGGAAUAUUACGCCGUUAGCAACCAGGGUGAAGUUUGCGUCAAGGGUACCAACGUCUUCGCCGGGUACUUCAAGGACCCCGAAAAAACUGCCGAGGUUAUCGACGAACAAGGAUGGCAUCACACAGGAGACAUCGGCAUGUGGUUACCUAAUGGCACGCUCAAGAUAAUCGACCGUAAAAAACAUAUCUUCAAAUUAUCACAAGGCGAGUACAUCGUCCCUGAAAAAAUAGAGAACAUAUACAUCCGUAGCCAGUAUGUCCACCAAGUCUUUGUUCACGGUGAAUCGCUAAAGUCCUGCGUCGUGGCGAUUGUUGUUCCUGACGUUGACGUCGUGAAAUGCUGGGCAUCCGAGAACAGAAUUCCCGGAACGUUGAGCGUCCUCUGCGCGAACCCAGAGGUAAAACGGCUUAUCCUCGACGACAUGCAGGCCUGGGGAAGGGAAAGUGGCCUCAAGUCCUUCGAACAGGUGAAAGACAUUUACCUGCAUCCAGACCCAUUCUCAGUACAAAACGGCCUUUUGACGCCAACGCUGAAAACGAAACGACCGCAACUCAAAGCAUACUUCAAACCUCAACUGGAAGAUCUUUAUCAGCAUCUGGCUUGACCGAAGUGACCUCCGGUCUUCAAUUAUUAAUUAACAAUUGAACCAACUCGCUCCGGAACGAUGAACCACGCCUUCUAGACCAAAAACGCUAUUGUCAACACUUGAUACACAUUUAUUACAUCAUUUUCACCAAUACAUAGUCUUGAAAGAGGAACACUAAAUAAGCUAUUAAGAUAUUGAUAAUAUUAUAAAUAAUAAAACAGGUUAUUGUUAAA